AUGGCACAGUGGUUAACAGGAGCUGCUGCGAUCAGUAACAUCAAAGCUCAAUUUCUUCCCCGAGACAGCAAAAACCCCGACGAGAGGAACCCUCGUCGAUCUCCAGUCCACGGGGCUUCCGCUCCAGACCGGCGCGGCGGCCGAUGUUCGCUCGGCGUGGACCGUGCGUGCCGUGUGUGUGCUGUCGGCGGAACGCUGCUGCAAUGCUGCCGGCUGCUGACUGGCCGCUCGAUGUUCAACACCCUGGCGUCUCUCGACCAUUCGGACGUCUUCGAUGGUGUGGCGUCGACUGCGCUCGACGAGCUGAUCCGCAACUCGGCCGCCGCGCUCAGCGGCCACAGCGGUCUUUCGGGUAUCCAGCCUAUGACCGGCCUAAACGGCACACAAUUCGCGCAAUCUAACAGCUUGGUGAACUCGCAGGACGCGCCCAGUCGAGGACGCAAGAAGAACUCGAGUAUGAACCUCGUCUGCGUCGUCUGCGGCGAUCAGGCCUUUGGAAAACAUUAUGGAGUAAAUGCAUGCAAUGGAUGCAAAGGAUUCUUCAGGAGAAGUGUGUGGAACAAUCGCCAGUACAUGUGUCGUUUUGACGGACAGUGCGCCAUAGCCAAAGAACAUCGAAAUGUAUGUCGAGCUUGCCGGUUGAAGCAAUGUUUCAUAGCAGGAAUGAAUCCAAGAGCCGUUCAGUCCGAGAGGGAGCGAAGCGAUCCGAUGCAUGAACUGGAUGAUGCUGACGACGACUAUCGAGAAAACUCCCCGGAUAGAUGCUCAGUUGAAGUGCAAACAGACCAGUGCUCAGUUAAAGCCGAUACCCUUCCUAGUCCAGAUGUCGAGUUGAGCAAAGCAGCUGACACAUUGUUAGCCAUGCACCGACAAGUGUGCAGUCGGGUGGAUCCUCCCAGUGUUUCCGGUUUGUCACGGUCAGAUGGUUUAUCUUCUGCCAGUGUGUCCUUUAUCAACGCUUUCUACAAUCCCAACAUGAUUUCCGCUAGAACACCACUGGUCAUAACCGCCGAACGCGUAGCGACUUUGAAGGAUGUAAUGCAAGACUGGCGAAGGAGUUUCGUUUUGUUUGUGGAUUGGUUGCAUGCCUUACCCGAAUUUGCUUCACUGAGUGUAGACGAUCAGAUAUUAAUAGGAAAAAGCAAAUUCGGACCGUUUUACUGGUGGAUGCUAGCAAAUUGGACGAAUGAAGCGAAUUGUGACGGGGUCUGUUACGCUAAUGGCACAUAUUUUCCUCGAAUCGAGUCGCUGCAAUGUUUUCCUGACGUUCGGGGUUGUAGUGAACGAAUGGUCGUGACUUUGUCGGAGCCACUUCGGGAACUUCAGCUAGACGAAACCGAAAAGUCGUUGAUGCUGGCUGUUAUUGUAUUCAGUGACGAACCUCUGGAGUUGUCCGUUUCCGGCAAGGAACAUGCUCGGAGCAUGGGACAUCGUUUUGUUCGGAUGCUUCAUCAUCACGUUCGCAAUCGGGAACCAAGUUUGUCAAAUGCAGCCAUCGCUCUUCGGAUUGCCAAAAUUAUGAUUCUCCUUACUGCCACUACCAAUCUGGUCUACAUGGCCAGCGACAACUUCCAACUUCACGAUGUCUUGCACAUAGUUGACUUCGAUUCUUGGAAUGACGACUUCUUGAAGAACAGUUUCAAAGAUUCCAUAUGAGAAGGCGCAAGGCAAGUAAUCUGAGCUUCUCAGUAUCCACAUUCCUCUCGCAUAGACACGGUAUUGCAAGUUACUUGUUACUUCACCAAAUGUGAUUUCUUAUUCUACGUACUUACUGCAUUCAUUGAUCGGGUAGCAUUGAGUAUUCGGUGAACGUCAUAUCUAUCAUUUGCAAAUCGUUCGAGAUAGCUAUCAUGUGAUAAGCACAGCUCUAUGGUCGAACUAUUCGAGUUUGUGUGAUUCGUAUUAUUGAGGCAAAAACCUCAUGAAAUUCAGGUUUUUCAUUUCAAGGGAAUGCUUAACGUUUAUACAUGUUUGUUUUCUCCCCCAAAAAUUCUCGCCAGCGUUUAUGAGGGAGUUUUGUUGAUCUUGAUAAUGUUAGCUAGUGAUCAGCGCUAGAGCGCUUCCUGAUCAGGUGCACCGCUGGAACAAUUCAAUGAUUCGCGAAUGACCUAUGUAUUUUCGUGAAUUCACUCAGCUUGCUAGUCCUGUUGAGAUGACAUUGUAAAAUAUGCUUGUUUCACAUGUUUUGUUUUCAUGAUUAAUUAAACCGUUGAUAGGAAAACACUGGUUAAUGUUUUGUGCUUUUCCUUUGUUUUGUUCUUUUUUUUGUCAUGGCUGCUCAUCUCCAUGUGGCAAUGAUUAUGGAUUGGAGUUCAUGAGACUCAUAGGUUUGCGAGUCGCUAGAUGCUAUGUAUAAAGAAUUCAGG